AUGGCCGACAGGAACCCUGGCAAUUUUGCCAACUGGCCCAAGGAGGACCUGAAGGAGACUGCUUCCAAGGGGGGUCAAUCCAGCCACAGUGGAGGCUUCGCCAGCAUGGACCCUGAUAAGCAGCGAGACAUCGCUUCCAAGGGCGGCCAGGCAUCUAGUGGAUCUUUCGAAAAGGGAAGUGAGAGAGCCAGAGAGGCUGGUCGCAAGGGAGGUUCGAAACACCAGAGUUCACCUGAGGAUAUUUAA